GGAACUCCCGAAUAAGAAAGAAUCUAAAUAUAAAUCAGAAGGAAGAAAAGAAAAUGGCAUUGAAAUUGGUUAGUAUGAGUUUCCAGUCGCAGGAAGUCCCAUGUUUUGGUCUUCCAGCAAUGGCGAGCUUCGGAUCUCCCAGGUUUUUCAUGACAUCCACUGUGCCUUCUGCCAACAUGAAAGUUGAGAAUCUAAGAAAAAAAUUCAUGCCUCAUCUGAAGGUGCAAGAUCAGAUCACACAUUCUAUGCCACCGCAAAAGAUUGAGAUUUUUAAAUCAUUAGAUAACUGGGUUGAGAACAACAUUCUAAUUCACCUGAAACCAGUUGAGAAAAGUUGGGAACCCCAGGAUUUUCUUCCAGAUCCUACGUCGGAUGGAUUCAAUGAGCAGGUGGAAGAGUUAAGGGAAAGGGCAAAGGAGAUCCCAGAUGAUUACUUUGUGGUUCUGGUUGGAGAUAUGAUCACAGAGGAAGCCCUUCCGACUUACCAAACAAUGCUUAAUACCUUAGAUGGAGUUCGUGAUGAAACAGGCGCUAGCCCUACUCCUUGGGCAAUUUGGACAAGGGCUUGGACUGCUGAAGAAAACAGGCAUGGUGAUCUGCUUAAUAAGUAUCUCUACUUGUCUGGAAGAGUCGACAUGAGACAAAUCGAAAAGACAAUCCAGUAUUUAAUUGGUUCAGGAAUGGACAUGAAAGCAGAAAACAAUCCAUAUCUUGCAUACAUCUACACAUCAUUCCAAGAAAGGGCAACUUUUAUUUCCCACAAGAAUACUGCCAAAAUUGCUAAAGGGCAUGAGAAUAUUGAGUUGGCUAGACUAUGUGGUUUCAUUGCCGCAGAUGAAAAGCGGCAUGAGACAGCCUAUACUAAAAUCGUUGAAAAGCUGUUUGAGAUCGAUCCUGAUGAAACUGCCCGAGCCUUUGCUGACAUGAUGAGGAAGAAUAUCACCAUGCCUGCUCAAUUCAUGUAUGAUGGCCAAGAUGAAAACCUUUUCAACCACUUUUCAACUGUUGCACAAAGACUUGGAGUUUACACUACCAAGGACUAUACUGAUAUUCUAGAGUUCUUGGUGGAUCAAUGGAAGGUGAAGGAAUUAACUGGACUUUCGGCUGGUGGGCGAAAAGCUCAAGAAUUUGUGUGUCAACUUCCUCAAAGACUUAGAAAGCUGGAAGUGAGAGCUCAAUUAAGGGCUAAGGAAGCACCCAAUGUUAAAUUUAGUUGGAUUUAUGAUAGAAAAUUGAAGCUCUAAGGUAUGUGCUUUAUCCAUGCAAGGGGCGAAGAGAUGAAAGUUGUUUGUGGUUAUUUCUGCUUUUUUAAAGUUUUGUUUCUUGAGUGUGUUGUUGGGUACCUCUUAUGCUUUAAAUGAACUCAAUAUAAUUAUAAACCAAUCAACUUUAUUUAUUUUGUAGCUUCA